AUGGAACAAGAAUUCUCUGAAAUAAUAACUUCCCUCAUUAAAAAUGCCAAUUUCACUGUUGAACAAAUAAAUUUGAUCAAGAACCCACCUGUACCUAAUGUGAAACCAGAAGAUUUUCUUUCAAAAAAACCCAGAAAAUUGCCACAAAAAAUUAGAAAAAAAGGAAAAAGAGUUACUCUAAGAUGGGCAAACAAGUUCAUUCAAUUUCGUAGAUAUUAUGAAAGACUUGAAAGAAUUAAAGAUACAACUAAACAUAUUCGAGACAUCUCAAAAACAGCUUCACAAGAAUGGAAAAUUUUAAAAGAAUCAGAACCAAAGAUAAUAGAAUUCUUUGAACUAAUGUCUCUACUUGAUAAAGAAUAUCAAAAAUUCAUUUCUCUCAAUAAAGACAAUCAUAUUCACGAAAGAUAUUUGAAAUGGAAGGAAGCAAAUCAACCGUAUCACAAUACUCCUCUAUUUGUUGAUAAUGAUAUUAAUGUAGUGGAUAUUGAAAAUAUAAUUAAUGCUGAAAAUUAUAUUCACACUACUAUCAAUGCUGAUACCAAUAUAACAAAUGAUAACACAGAAUUUAUGAUGAAUCAACAGCUAACAUUAAAUGAACCAUCUGAUAUCGAAACUGGUUUUUUAUAUCAUGGGAUAAAUUCAAUUAUUCCCGACACAGCACAAUUAGGGGAUUUAAUUAAAUUCUAUGAAGAAAAUCAAAUUAACCUCGAUUAA